UGGACCUGACAUGGAUCACCUGCUGCUGGUUCUGCUGCUGCUGUGGGGCUCAGGUGUUCACUGUGAAACAGCCAAAGUUGACCUUGUGAUGUUGGUGGAUGAGUCUGGGAGCAUCAGCAGAAAUGACUUUGAUAAAAUUCAAACGUUUCUUGUUGCCAUCGUCAGCGGCCUCAACAUUGGUCCCGAUGCAGUCCAGAUCGGUCUGACUUUGUUCAGCACCGAAGCAAGGACAGAGUGGCACCUGAACACCCACCAGACCAAACAAACCCUGCUGAGGGCCAUAGAAGAACUCAAAAAAACUGGUGGGAGCACCAAGACAGGAAAAGCUCUGGAGCACAUCCUCCAUAACCAGUUUAAACCCAGGUUGGGAAUGCGUCCAGACUCCAGAAGGAUUGCCGUUCUGAUCACAGACGGGGAAUCCCAGGAUAAAGUACUCCUGCCUUCAAAGAACCUGAAACACAAUGACAUCGAGGUCUAUGCUAUUGGUGUGCAGGGUGCCAGAGAGAGUGAGCUAAAGGUCAUCGCCUCUGAUAAUGACCACGUGUACUUUCUCAAGGAUUUCAAGUCCCUUAACGGUAUCAUCAGAAAUAUCACCAUCGACCUCUCAAAAGGCUCAAAUAACUUAGGGCAUCACCUGACCUCGUCUCAGCCUAUCCGUUGCAUUCCCGACCAGUCUGAUGCUCCGUGUGAAGCAGCCAAAGCUGACCUCGUGAUACUGGUGGAUGAGUCUGGGAGCAUCACUCCUCAGGACUUCAGAAUCAUUCGCUUGUUUCUCAGGCACUUUGUCAACAACCUCGACAUCGGUCUGGACCGAGUCCAGAUCGGUCUGACUUUGUUCAGCACCACACCAAAGACUGUGUGGCACCUGAACACCCACCAGACCAAACAAUCCCUGCUGACGGCCAUAGAAGACCUAGAAAAAGCGCGUGGAAGCACUUACACAGGAAAAGCUCUGACACACAUCCUCCGUAACCAGUUCAAACCCAAUGUGGGAAUGCGUCCAGACUCCAAAAAGAUUGCUGUUCUGAUCACAGACGGGGCGUCUUAUGAUGACAUAGAACUUCCCUCAAAGAAUUUGAAAGACAGCGGCAUUGAAGUCUUUGUUAUUGGUGUUGCAAAAGUCAAUGUGACUCAACUGAAGUUGAUCAACUCUGAUCACAAUAAAAUUUACAUAGUCAAAGAUUUUGACAGUCUCCAGGACAUUGUUGUCGAACUCAUUAUCAACGUCUUUAAAAGUGUUAAAAGUCUAGACUCUGUCAGGCUGCUGAACGGUUCCAGUCUGUGUUCAGGCGGACUGCAGGUGAAGUCUAACCAGAGAUGGUCCUCAGUGUGUGAAGCUGACUUUGACCUGCAGGAUGCAGAGGUGGUCUGCAGGGAGCUUGGCUGUGGGCCUCCUUCGCUCCUCCAGGGGGCGCUCUAUGGAGAAGCGGAGGCUCCAGUGUGGAGCAGAGAGUUCCAGUGUGGAGGCCAUGAGUCUGCUCUCCUGGACUGUAGAAGCUCAGGCUCAGCUAGAAGCAGCUGCUCACCUGGCAAAGCUGCUGGACUCACCUGCUCAGAGCCUGUCAGGUUGGUGGGAGGAGCCAGUCGCUGUGCAGGUACACUGGAGGUGAGACGAGGAGAGUGGAGACCAGUGGCGAUGGAUAUCUGGAACCUGAAGGAUGCAGCUGCUGUCUGUGGACAGAUGAACUGUGGUUCUGCUGUUUCUGUAGGAAAUACUCAGAGUUCUUCACAGAGAUCGGUGUGGUGGAUGGAGUCACACUGUGUUCAGGCUGGAUACGCUCUGAAAGAGUGCGCAUCAGCAGAUCGCUCUUCCUCCACCCUGGAUAUCACCUGUUCAGACUCUGUCAGGCUGCUGAACGGUUCCAGUCUGUGUUCAGGCGGACUGCAGGUGAAGUCUAACCAGAGAUGGUCCUCAGUGUGUGAAGAUGACUUUGACCUGCAGGAUGCAGAGGUGGUCUGCAGGGAGCUUGGCUGUGGGCCUCCUUCGCUCCUCCAGGGGGCGCUCUAUGGAGAAGCGGAGGCUCCAGUGUGGAGCAGAGAGUUCCAGUGUGGAGGCCAUGAGUCUGCUCUCCUGGACUGUAGAAGCUCAGGCUCAGCUAGAAGCAGCUGCUCACCUGGCAAAGCUGCUGGACUCACCUGCUCAGAGCCUGUCAGGUUGGUGGGAGGAGCCAGUCGCUGUGCAGGUACACUGGAGGUGAAACAGAGACUGUGGAGAUCUGUGGAGGCCUCAGGCUGGACCCUGACGGAUGCAGCUGUAGCCUGCAGAGAGCUGGACUGUGGCUCUGCUGUUUUAACAGGAAGGAGAAAUGCAUCCUGGGAUGGACCAACGUGGAAGAUCAAACCUGACUGUGUUAAAUCUGGAUCUACACUGAGGGAGUGUGCCACAUCAUCCCAGUCAUCCACCGUCCUGGAGCUCAUCUGCUCAGACCUGCUGGUUCAGCCAAUCAUCUCAGCGUCCUUCUCGUCCAAUGACGGGCACUCCCAGGUCCAGCAGCAGGAGUCUUCUUGGGUGUUCAAAGGCUCCAGCUUCACCAUCAGCUGCUCCAUCCAACCUCAGUACCCAGGAGGCUCUUUCCAGCUCACCUUCACCUCCUCCAAUACCACCAACAACUACACCCUGCCAGCUGUCAAUCACUCUGCCCACUUCCUGUUCACUGCUGCAGAGCCCGCCCACCAAGGAACCUACAGCUGUGUUUAUCACGUCUUUGUGUUUUCUCAUAACUUCUCCUCCGAGAGCCGUCAGCUGUCUCUCACUGUCUCAGAUCCAACAGUGUUUGUCAUCAGACUGCUGCUCCUGCUGCUGCUCCUGCUGCUCUUCAUCUCUGCCGUCUGUUUCAGCCAUAAGGUCACCGGGAGGCAGGAGCCCCGCCCACAGGAGGACCCGGAGCUGGAUGGUUAAAGCUGGCAGUGUCCAGAAAAGCAGGCAGCUCAGCAGCGCCUCCACAUGGUGGAGGAAGUGUUUGCAUCCUUCACCACCGUGUGAACAUGAACUGCAACCACAGUAUCACUUAUACUUUUGCUUAUGCUGUGUCAUGAUGGUUGUGAUUAUAAGUUUUGUAUUCAUAUUAUAUUGUUAAGAACAAAAAGUUUAACGUUUGAUGGUAUCGGGCACGUCGGGCACGUGUGAGCUGGUGUUGGGGCUGGACAGGUGAACUAAACCUUUUAAGCUGGAGCUCACCACAGGACACUGUGCUCAAUAAGUUCAUUCUCAGCAUGACAGCAAAGACGUUCCCCUGGAGCUGUCCGAUCCAUCCACCAAACAUGGUCCCACUUUCUGCUCGCUACUUCAGCAUGCAUGUUUGAUUACAGUGCUUUGUCUGUAGGUUACAUAUUAAUGUCAUUUUUACUUGUCCAUACAAGAGCCAGGAGUCAUAAAGAUAGUGUCCUCCAUCAGCAUCUCACAGCACGUUGUGCAAAGCUUUUGCAGCA